UGAUCUAUUCUCUUAUCUUCAAAUUAUCUUUUGGUAAUUAAAAUUUGAAUGUUUGUGUAUAUUUCAGUCCUUGAUUAUGUGAUACAUUUCUGUAUAGAAGUGUUCUUUGGGUAAAAAGUUAUCAUAAAGGAUUCUCAUGUUGUUUUCAUUAGGAGUCAAGUUUAAAGUUUUGUUACAUUCCAAGCAUACACACUGCUGCUGAAAAUGUUGCAUUUUCUUAGGACAAAAGGCAAGAAAGUAAAUCUACAUAAAAAAAUUACUCCAUCAUUUUAAAGAAAAUGUUGCAUACUCACCAGCUUAUGGAACAAUUUAGUAAGUCCCAAUAACUCUUGGAAGGUUUUCUCAAUAGUCAAUAUCAAAUGCUUGAAAAGAAGCCAUGACCUGUGGAGGCAAUGGCUCCUCAUUCCUCUCUACGGUAACCGCCUUAAAGUUAAGCCCUUAACAUAUGGUGUCGUUCUGGCUCAUCCUUCUCCAGACUCCAAGCAUAUUCACCAUUCCACUGAAUAUAUAGAAUUAUGUUGUCCAAACUGAAUCAUCGGCUUUCACCGCCUCCUCUGCCUUAUCGGUCGCUAAUAGCUUAGUUGUUUUCUUCUACCGGCACUUGACCCACCUCAAAAUCUUUCCCUUAAUCAGUUCUUCUUUCUCUCCAUCAUCUUCUUCUUUCUCUAUAAAAAUGGGAACAAAAGAACAAAAACUCCAUGGAAAUGUCUUGACGAUUUGGUAGGUCGAUAAAUUCCACGGUCGAUCUCACACAACGUUUGAAGCCCUGUUCCCUGACUUCCUUCAUCAAUCUUGUUUUCUUGAAAAUUGAACGAGCCCUAAUUUAUUGCAAAUCACCUGAAAAUUAGGUAUUAUUGUUCUAUGAAGUUCUUUAUGUUAAUAAUAGUAUUUGUUUAUUUGUAUUAGGUUUGAUUGUCUCUGCCAUGUCAAACUCUCUAUGUUCAUCUAUUUUUCCUUCUCAUUCCAACGCUGACCAUUUAAUCUUCUUUUCUGUUGUUCUUGACUGUUCAGGUUCCAUUUAAUUUUCAUGGCUGGUCUUUCAAGAUAAGUUUUCAGUGUCCAUGGUAAAGCAGUCGGGGAGAGAAUUUCUGCCCAAGUUCCAUUAGCAGAAGCUGCUCUUAUCAAUGGAGUUGCCAAGGGUUAUGUAUCAAACAACGGAAUAUCAGAAGCCUAAUGUGUGUUGAUGUUUGAAGAUGUUUUUGUGCUUAUAUUUAAUGAGAGACUGCUUCAGGUUUUUUAAAGGAAGUGACGAGUUCUAUAAGCUUUGUCUAUGGAUUACUUUCUUUUGAAGUUUUUAUAAUAUUGUUUUUUACACUUGUGAAAAAUACUGAAGAUGUUCGCCUAUCUACCGGUUAUUUUACUACUUUAUGUUGAUCUGUGUGAUAAAACUUCCAAUUUUCAGUAGUAGUAAUCACUUGUAAUAUCAUGAGGGGCUGCACUUUUUUUAUGGCUAAAAAAGAGUAUAGGAGAAAAGCCAUUCUAAAAUGGAUAAAAAAUAGUGGUCGUCUUGAAAAAAUAGUUGAAAAGUUGGAUAUGGUUGCUUGUACUUUAGGAUUUAAGAAACAGUACAGAAAAGAAGCCAUUAUAAAGUGGAAAAGAAAAAGACUUAAGAGUAUUGGCAAUAGACAAUUUUCAUCCACCAAAACAGUAGCAAGAACUUUACUUCCUCCUCCUAUGAACAUGACAAAAGGAAAACAUCUCCUACGGCAGGUUAUUUUGAGUGCUGAUAUUCUUCCUGAUGUUUUAUGUUGCUCUUAUUGUGGUGCCAUGAAAUUUUAUUCAGAAACAUCGAACUUUUGCUGUUUAGAAGGGCGAAUUGUUUUAUCAACUAAUGAACUCCCGUCUAUGAUGCAGAAUUUGUUGACUUCUACAUCUGACCUUGCAAAAUCUUUUAGGACGUAUAUUAGAACAUAUAAUAAUCAUUUUGCAUUUACUUCAUUUGGUGUUAGGGCCGACAAUGAUCUGUCAAAAAGAAAUAUGGGUAUAUAUACUUUCAGAGUACAGGGUCAGGUCUAUCAUUUUCUCAAUGAUUUACAACCUGAUGAGAAAAGUGCCAAAAAUCUUCAACUCUAUUUCCAUGACACUGAAAAUGAAAUAGAAAACCGAUUUAUGUCUUCUCCACGGUUAUCUAAAGAGUUAAUUGCAAUAUGCAUGGCCUAUCUGCAGCAAAAUCCUUAUGCACGGUUUUUCAGCAAUUUAAGAGAUGUUCCAUGUUUUGCUGAAUACAAGAUUAUUCUUAAGACUAUCCCCGGACAAGAUCAACGGGUGUAUAACAAACCGGAUGUUUCACAAGUAGCUGCUCUUUGGGUUGAAGGCGAAGACAAUGGGGAACAAGGUCAAAGGAACAUUGAAGUGAAAACACAUAGUGAUCAGUCCAGAACUGUUCAAUAUUAUUAUGGCUGCUAUGAUCCGUUACAGUAUCCUUUAAUGUUUCCGUUUCGAGAACUUGGUUGGCAUCAGCAUAUUCCGAAAAAAACUGCUUCCCAAAGGAUGAAAGGAGGAAAAGUUAUUUCUGAGGCAGAAACACUCAUCUCACCCUGGGCUGCUACAAAUGUUGAUGAACUACUGGAUAUGGAAGAGAGUGUUUUGGGACGCAAUCUAGAGACUUCAAAAUGUGUUUCGAUAAGGGAAUAUUAUGCCUAUAAGCUUUAGAUACGCAGAAAUGAUAAAUCUUGCUUAUUGCUUUUUGGUCGUUUGUUACAACAAUAUAUAGUUGACAACUACGUUAAAUUGGAGACACAAAGAUUAGCUUUCUACAGAACACAACAACAGGAGUUACGACAAGAAUUCCUUCAAGGGGUGGUGGACGCAAUGGCAAGUGGGGAAACAAAUGCUUCAUCUAUUGGGAAGAGAGUCAUUCUACCAGCAAAUUUUAUUGGUGGUCCGAGAAAUAUGAGACGUAGGUACAUUGAUGCUAUGGCGCUCGUACAAAAAUUUGGAAAGCCAGAUAUUUUCCUAACUUUGACAUGUAACCCUAAUUGGCCUGAAAUAAAACAGCACUUGAUGCCUCAUGAGGAAACACAAAAUAGGGCCGAUUUGAUUGUUAGAGUAUUCCAUGCCAAGCUUCAGCAAUUUAAAGAUGAAAUCUUCAAAAAAUAAAUAUUUGGAAAGGUUGUCGCAUACACUUAUGUUGUGGAGUUCCAAAAAAGAGGUCUGCCGCAUGCUCAUUUUUUGCUUAUACUUGCACCACACUAUAAGAUGCACCACACAGAAGAAUAUGAUGAGAUAGUUUGUGCUGAAAUACCGGAUAAAAAUGCAAAUCCUCAUCUGUUUAGGAUGGUAGUGAAACAUAUGUUUCACGGUCCAUGUGGUUCCCUUAAUCCAGACAAUGUUUGUAUGAAAAAAAUGGGAACUUGUAAGAAUUUCUAUCCAAAAGAUUUUUCAUCUCAAACAACUCAAGGUAAUGAUGCAUAUCCUUCUUACAGAAGACGUGACAACGGAGUUAAAGUUAUGGUGAGAGGUGCUGAGCUCGAUAACAGAUGGAUUGUUCCAUAUAACCCAUAUUUACUUUGUAAGUUUGAUUGUCAUGUAAAUAUAGAAAUAUGUUCCACAAUAAAAGCUGUAAAAUACAUAUAUAAGUACAUAUGCAAAGGAUGUGAUAAAAUUAGUUUUGUUGUUUCUUCAAAAGAUGAUGAUGAAUCCAUAAAUGAGAUUGAUCGGUUUCAAGCAGGUAGAUGGAUAUCCCCACCUGAAGGAGCAUGGCGGAUUUUCAGAUUUUCGAUGGGCGAAAUUAAACCAGCCGUUAUUCAUUUGCCUCAUCAUUUGGAGAAUUUUCAGCCAAUCACAUUUAAAAAGAGAGAACGUUUGAAGAAUAUUGUUGAAAAUGCUGAUAAAAGAAAGACAAUGUUGACCGAGUUUUUUGUUAAAAAUAAAACGGACCGAUUUGCACAAAGUUUAAAUUUAACAUACGUCCAAUUUCCUGAUCAUUUUGUGUGGAAGUCGAACAAAAAGGUUUGGGUACCUAGGCAACAAGAUAAUUCAAUAGGGCGUAUAGUGGUUGCCCAUCCAAGUGAAGGUGAAAGAUAUUAUCUGAGGAUGCUUUUAUUGAAAAUUCGUUGUCCUAAAUCAUAUGAAGAUCUUAAGGUUUUUAAUGGAGUUCAGGUUGCCACAUUUCGAGAAUCUGCAUUGGUUCAUGGAUAUUUAAUUGAUGAUAAUAGUCAACAGUUAUGUCUCCAAGAGGCAUCAGUGUUCAACAUGCCGUACGAACUACGGAGACUUUUUGCAACGUUACUUGUUUACACGACUCCAAACAAUCCCCGCCAACUGUGGGUAUCUUUUGAAGAUUCGAUGUUGGAAGAUCUUAUACAAUGUGAUCAGUACACGCGUAAAGAAGCUACUAGAUGUGCAUUUCAGCAAGUAAACGCGUUCUUACAAUCAAUAGGAAGACAACUUAAUGAGUUUGAUGUCUUGCCUCCUGACUUUUCAUAUGAUGAUUUGGAAGAUGAAAGAAGAGAAAUAAGAGCAGAAAAGAGUAUUGUUGUAUGUGAGGCUGAUUUACAAGCAAUACACAAUCUCAAUGAAAAACAGAAAGUUGCAUUUGAUAAAAUCAUUGGAGCAGUGGAUUGCAAGAAAAGUGGGGCAUUCUUUGUUGAUGGACCAGGAGGUACAGGCAAAACUUUUCUCUAUAGAGCUUUGCUAGCAAAGAUCAGAUCAGCAGGACAAAUUGCUUUAGCCACAGCAACAUCAGGAAUUGCUGCAUCCUUACUUCCAGGGGGCAGAACCGCGCAUUCUAGAUUUAAAAUUCCAUUGGAUCUUUCUGAUGGAAUGCAUUGUAGAAUUAGUAAGCAAUGUUCUUUGGCUAAUUUGAUUAAGAGCUCUAAGUUGAUUAUCUGGGACGAAGCUCCGAUGGCAAAACGGUCUGCAAUAGAAGCUUUAGAUGGUUUGCUACAAGAUCUUAUGGACUCAAGUGAAAUUUUUGGUGGCAAAGUGGUUGUUCUUGGUGGAGAUUUUAGGCAAACAUUACCGGUUGUUCGAAAAGGGAGCAAAUCUGAAACAAUUGCUGCUUGUCUUACUAACUCUUUUUUGUGGCCGUCACUAUGUGUACUACAGCUGGAACAAAACAUGAGAGCAUUACUAGAUCCAAAAUUUACUGAAUUUCUGUUAAGGUUAGGCGACGGCGAAGAGAGUUCUGAACAUGAUGAUGUUGUCACUAUUCCUGCAGCAAUGAUCAUAGAGAGUAACAAUCAGAAGGAUGCCUUAAAUCUUCUCAUUGAAUAUGUUUACCCAAGUAUUUAUGGUAAAUCUUCCAAUGUGCCUUCGUCCUUCAACCGAGCUAUUUUGACAACGAAAAAUGCUUUUGUUAGUGAAAUAAAUGAUGUCUUGAUUCAGAAGUUCCCAGGAGAAGAAAUAGAGUAUAAUAGUUUUGAUGAAACUGUUGAUGUAAACGACCAGGGACAUUAUGAAGAUCUACUUCAUUCUCUAACUCCUAAUGGUAUGCCACCACAUCGACUUGUUUUAAAGAAAAACGCACCUAUUAUAUUGUUGCGAAACAUGAAUCCUACCGAAGGAUUAUGCAAUGGUACAAGACUGUUUUGCAAAGACUUCAACAGGAAUGUAAUUCGUGCGGAAAUAGCAUUUGGAGAUUUCGCUGGGAAAGAGGUCUUUAUACACAGGAUUCCAUUACAACCACCUACAGGCAAAGAAUAUACGGUUCCCUUCAAAAGAAUUCAAUUUCCAAUUAGGCUGUGUUUCGCAAUGACCAUCAACAAAGCACAAGGCCAAACACUAGACUUUGUAGGUGUAUACCUUAAGGAGCCAGUAUUUUCACAUGGACAACUAUAUGUUGCCCUAUCUCGUGCCAAAAGAAUUGAAAAUGUCAAAGUUCUCAUCAACCAUCCUUUGUAUUCUUCAGACACCAACAAAACAAAAAAUAUUGUAUAUCAAGAAGUAUUACAAUAUGCCAAACAUGUCCACGUGUAUGUGUCUGUAAAUUGACAGUUGGCUUCUCUUUUCAACAAUAAAUAAGUUGUUAAUGUCAAUUUUAAUUUGUUUAUUUACAGCUCUGACUAGCAACCACAGAAAAAAAAACAUCUCUCAAUUCCUUUUCAUUGAUGAUCAAAGUAACGUCAAAUAUAUCUAUAUAUAUUUGUCUGUAAACUGACUUUUUCUUUUUCUUUGUCUUUUUAAACAAUUAGUAACCUUUUAAUGUC